GCCCCGGGCUCUGGCCGCUUUCUCCCGCUGGUCGGUCGAGCAGACCCCUCGCUCAUUCUUCGGCCUCUCUCUAUUCCGUCCGUGGCUCGGUGCGCCCGCUGGCCUUCCGGCCGAGCCCUCACUCGCCUCCCAGAUUUCCAUGAGGACAGCUGUCAAGGACCUGCAUGGCCUCAUUUUAGCCACUUCUUUGUGUGGAGCUAUUACUUGCUCCUUCAGUUCUGGUCCCUGGUGCGAAAGUGGCUCCUGAGCACCAUGAAGGUUGUCCCAGAAAAGAAUGCUGUACGGAUCCUCUGGGGCCGAGAGCGGGGCACUCGUGCCAUGGGUGCUCAGCGGCUUCUGCAGGAGCUGGUGGAAGAUAAGACUCGAUGGAUGAAGUGGGAGGGCAAGAGAGUAGAACUUCCCGAUAGUCCACGCUCGACCUUCUUACUGGCCUUCAGCCCAGACAGGACUCUGUUGGCAUCCACGCAUGUGAACCAUAACAUCUAUAUCACAGAGGUGAAGACUGGCAAGUGUGUCCACUCUCUGAUUGGACACCGCCGUACCCCAUGGUGUGUCACCUUUCACCCCACUAUCUCAGGCCUCAUUGCUUCCGGCUGUCUGGACGGGGAAGUUAGGAUUUGGGAUUUACAUGGUGGCAGUGAAAGCUGGUUCACAGAUAGCAACAAUGCCAUAGCCUCCUUGGCAUUCCACCCUACGGCUCAGCUCCUGCUGAUUGCCACUGCAAAUGAGAUCCACUUCUGGGAUUGGAGUCGACGGGAGCCCUUUGCUGUGGUGAAGACAGCUAGUGAGAUGGAGCGUGUCCGUCUGGUGAGAUUUGAUCCACUUGGGCACUACUUACUUACAGCCAUUGUUAACCCUUCUAAUCAGCAGGGUGAUGACGAGCCAGAAAUCCCAAUAGAUGGGACAGAAUUAUCUCACUACCGCCAGCGUGCCCUCCUGCAAUCACAGCCAGUUCGCCGGACACCUCUCCUCCACAAUUUCCUGCACAUGCUGUCCUCCCGCUCCUCUGGCAUCCAGACCGAGCCCUUCCAUCCCCCGGAGCAGGCUUCGUCAACGCAGCAGGACCAGGGCCUCCUGAAUCGGCCGUCGGCCUUCAGUACAGUCCAGAGCAGCACUGCGGGCAACACGCUCCGCAACCUCAGUCUGGGUCCUACCCGUCGCUCUUUGGGGGGCCCUUUGUCUAGCCAUCCUUCUAGGUAUCACAGAGAACUUGCGCCUGGACUUACAGGUUCUGAGUGGACCCGGACAGUACUCACUCUGAACUCACGCUCUGAGGUAGAAUCUAUGCCCCCGCCCAGGACCAGUGCCUCCUCAGUGAGUUUGCUGUCUGUGCUGAGACAGCAGGAAGGCGGCUCUCAGGCAUCUGUGUACACGUCAGCCACAGAAGGGAGGGGUUUUCCAUCAUCAGGGUUGGCAACUGAAUCAGAUGGAGGGACUGGUUCCAGCCAAAACAACUCGGGCAGUAUUCGCCAUGAGCUUCAAUGUGACCUGAGACGCUUCUUUUUGGAGUAUGACAGGCUGCAGGAGCUGGAUCAGAGCCUGAGUGGGGAAGCUCCCCAGACCCAACAGGCCCAGGAAAUACUCAACAAUAACAUUGAAUCUGAGAGGCCAGGUCCUUCCCAUCAGCCCACCCCUCACAGCAGUGAGAACAACUCCAACCUGUCUCGGGGCCACCUUAAUCGCUGCCGUGCUUGCCACAAUCUUCUGACCUUCAACAAUGAUACCCUGCGUUGGGAAAGAACCACACCUAACUACUCAUCCGGUGAGGCUAGCUCUUCCUGGCACGUCUCCACUACCUUUGAGGGCAUGCCACCGAGUAGCAACCAGUUGCCACCCCUUGAGAGGACUGACAGCCAAACGCCUAGCUCCAGCAGGCUGGAGUUGAGCAGCUCUGCUAGUUCACAAGAGGAGAGGACUGUGGGGGUGGCCUUUAACCAGGAGACAGGCCACUGGGAACGAAUUUAUACCCAGUCCAGCAGAUCUGGAACUGUAUCACAGGAGGCCUUACAUCAAGAUAUGCCUGAAGAAAGCUCUGAGGAAGACUCCCUCAGAAGGAGGCUGCUGGAGUCUUCCCUCAUUUCAUUAUCCCGUUAUGAUGGAGCAGGAUCCAGAGAGCACCCAAUUUACCCAGACCCAGCGAGAUUAUCUCCUGCUGCAUACUACGCCCAGAGGAUGAUCCAGUAUCUCUCACGGAGAGACAGUAUUCGCCAGCGCUCCAUGCGCUAUCAACAGAAUCGACUUCGUUCUUCCACCUCCUCUUCUUCCUCAGACAACCAGGGUCCAUCAGUAGAGGGAACCGACUUGGAAUUUGAGGACUUUGAGGACAAUGGUGACAGAUCUAGGCACCGAGCUCCCCGCAAUGCUCGAAUGUCUGCACCGUCACUUGGACGCUUUGUCCCAAGGCGUUUUUUGCUGCCUGAGUAUUUACCUUAUGCUGGGAUUUUUCAUGAACGUGGACAGCCUGGAUUGGCUACUCAUUCUUCUGUUAACAGGGUUCUGGCAGGGGCGGUGAUUGGAGAUGGACAGUCUGCAGUGGCCAGUAACAUUGCCAAUACUACCUACCGACUCCAGUGGUGGGACUUCACCAAGUUUGAUCUUCCAGAAAUCAGUAAUGCCUCCGUGAAUGUUCUGGUACAGAACUGCAAGAUCUACAAUGAUGCCAGCUGUGACAUUUCUGCAGAUGGCCAGCUCCUGGCAGCUUUCAUCCCGAGCAGCCAGAGGGGCUUUCCUGAUGAAGGCAUCCUGGCAGUGUAUUCCCUGGCCCCCCAUAACUUGGGGGAAAUGCUCUACACUAAGCGAUUUGGUCCUAAUGCCAUUUCUGUAAGCCUGUCCCCAAUGGGCCGAUACGUAAUGGUGGGCUUAGCUUCACGAAGGAUCCUGCUGCACCCCUCCACAGAGCACAUGGUAGCCCAGGUCUUCAGACUACAACAGGCCCACGGUGGCGAGACCUCCAUGAGGAGAGUUUUCAACGUCCUUUACCCCAUGCCUGCUGACCAGCGGAGACAUGUCAGCAUCAACUCUGCCCGUUGGCUACCUGAGCCAGGGCUUGGUUUGGCCUAUGGCACCAACAAAGGAGACCUGGUGAUCUGCCGACCAGAGGCCUUAAACUCUGGUAUUGAGUACUACUGGGACCAGCUAAAUGAGACGGUCUUCACUGUCCACUCAAACAGCAGGAGCAGCGAGCGGCCUGGAACCAGCAGAGCCACGUGGAGGACAGACAGAGACAUGGGCUUGAUGAAUGCAAUUGGGUUACAGCCUCGGAACCCUACCACCUCUGUGACGUCUCAGGGCACGCAGACUCUGGCCCUCCAGUUGCAGAAUGCCGAAACACAGACUGAGAGGGAGGAAGAGGAAGCAGGUACAGCAUCCUCAGGUCCUGGUGAAGGCGAGGGCUCAGAAUAUGGUGGCAGUGGGGAAGAUGCCCUCAGUCGGAUCCAGAGGCUAAUGGCUGAGGGUGGAAUGACAGCUGUGGUACAGCGAGAACAGAGCACCACCAUGGCCUCCAUGGGUGGCUUUGGCAACAACAUCAUCGUUAGCCACCGUAUUCACCGCAGCUCCCAGACAGGCACAGAGUCAGGGGCUGCUCGUACCUCCUCGCCCCAGCCCUCCACCUCGAGGGGACUGCUCUCAGAACCUGGGCAACUGCCAGAGAGAGGUCUAAGUCCCCAGACAGCCUCCUGGGACCAGCCUAGUACCUCUGGGAGGGAACCACCCCAGACAGCCUUGCCCUCUUCCUCUCCUGUCCCCAUUCCAGUCGCCCUUGCCAGCAAUGAGGGACCAACCAUGCACUGCAAUGUGACCAAUAGCAGUCACCUUCCUGAGGGUGAUAGCAGCAGCCAGGGGGAAGCUGCAGGCCCUAGUGGGGAGCCACGGAACCGGUAGAGACAAAACCAGACACUGGUACCUCCCCUCAAGCUGCUGAGCAGAAGCUGGACCUCACAGCUGGCUGGGAACUGUAUACACAGAAGAGCUGAUGCCUGCAUCGAGGAACAGGAAUAAUGAGAGGGUGGGGCAUGGAGCCACUGGGUAAGGGGCAGUCCAAGGGGCAAGGCUGGCCUAGGGUACAAGACCCCUCCAGGAUCUGGAGCCCAGAAGAGCCACAUUGUUGGGUUGGUGUGAAUGAAGAAGCAAGUGGUAGUCUCUGCCAUGGCUCCCCCCUUUCUCCUAGGAUCACUGGCCUAGGGGGCUCAGCCCCGGGCAGGGUCCCCAGUCUUCCAGAUCUACCACACCAUCCUGGACACAACAGUGGGACAGUUCUUCCCUGUCCACCACUCGGGACAGAACCACCAGGAGCAGAGGAGCAGCCUACCCCCUCCCCCAAUUGCUCUGUCUCUGAACCUUCCAGAGUCCCAGCCUCUCUUUAUCCUCUCGGCCCACAGAGACAUAAAAGUCAGACCCAGCUUCCAUGUGGGGACUUCCUACACUCACAAGUGAGGAGACCUGGAGUGAAGGAAGCAGCCUGCUUGCCUGCCACAGGAUGGAGUCAGUACACAUGGUGGACAGGUCCUCAGGAGGGGGGUGUAGGCUGGCCCGCCCCCAGCGUGUCCACCGAGCUCCCCCUCCCCAAGGCCCUCCAUGCAGCACCUAUGGGUGUCAGUAUUACCUAAGCCUAGGCCAAAGCCAGUCCAAGGUUGGAGGGAGGAGAUUCCAGGUCAGAAUGUGAGGUCUUGGUCUGUGAUUUGAGGUGUUGCAUGUGGAACCCUGAACUGUAUGUGUAGUUUUUAGUGGAGAAAUCAAGGCUCUAAUCAUUUUGUUUUUAGUAUGAAAAUGUGAUUUCCUUUCUGUUUGUCACUCAUCAUAGAAACAUUUUGGUGGGAGGAGAGGGGAUAGUCUACUGCUAAUGAGGGAGACACCAAAGAUCUACAUCAUUAAAAUGAUGACAUGCCCCUCAA